UCAAUUCGUCGCGAGACUCACGACAACAGACCCCAUGAGUAAUAAAAAAGGAAAGGUCUCUCCAAAUUUUGUUGGAAUAUGUAAAAAGAGAAUACAGAGGGGUCAGCUCUUCCGGUACUAGGUUGGCCAUUUGACAAUUACCCAUGUACAUGAUCUGCAAAAGAUACUAGUAAUCCAUGGCCGCUUCCCAACUCCUAUUUGUUCAUCCUUCUUCUCAUGGAAGGAAGACCGGUAAUUUCAUUAGGAAAAGCAGUCUUACUGCAUUUCGGGAACAUGGCCCUCGUAGUUUCGGUGAAAAGCUUCAAUUUCAGAGAAACCCAUUUGUCAAGGCCAUGGCUUUUGACUCAGAAACGAGCAGAAAACAAGUGGAGGUAGUGUAUGAUCCUGAAGAGAGGCUAAAUCGGUUGGCAGAUGAAGUGGAUAAGAACACUGGCCUUUCAAGGCUCACUCUGUUUUCACCUUGCAAGAUUAAUGUAUUUUUGAGAACAACAAGGAAGAGAGAAGACGGAUAUCAUGAUUUGGCAUCUCUAUUUCAUGUAAUUAGUCUAGGAGAUAGAAUUAAGUUCUCAUUGUCCCCAGCAAAAGAGAAAGAUCGCCUUUCAACCAAUGUGAGUGGAGUCCCCCUUGAUGAUCGAAAUUUGAUCAUUAAAGCCCUUAACCUGUACAGGAAAAAGACUGGUAGUGACAACUUCUUCUGGAUCCACCUGGAUAAAAGAGUGCCUACUGGAGCUGGACUUGGUGGUGGGAGUAGCAAUGCUGCAACUGCACUGUGGGCAGCAAAUCAGUUCAGUGGUUGUGUUGCUACUGAGAAGAAACUCCAAGAAUGGUCAAGUGAAAUUGGGUCAGAUGUCCCUUUCUUUUUCUCCCGUGGAGCAGCCUAUUGUACAGGUAGAGGGGAGGUUGUUCAAGAUUUUCCUCCCUUGAUACCCUUGGACAAGCCAAUGGUUCUCAUAAAGCCACAACAAGCGUGCUCCACAGCUGAAGUUUACAAGCACCUUCGGAUGGAUCAGACGAGCAAGGUUGACCCUUUAGUUUUGCUGGAGAAGAUCUCAGAGAAGGGAAUAUCUCAAGAUGUUUGUAUCAAUGACCUUGAGCUUCCUGCGUUUGAAGUGCUUCCAUCCCUUAAAAAGUUGAAACAACGUGUCCUUGCGGCUAGUUGCGGGCAGUAUGACGCUGUUUUCAUGUCAGGAAGGUGUCCCAGUCUGGUAUGGAGGGGUCUUCUCCAUCUCCUCCACCCAUUUCCUCUCUCAUACCCUUCCCUGAUGUUCCUAGUGCCAGUGACUCACUUCCCCUACAGGUUUAUCAACGCAGGAAGAAGGUUGGACAACCAAGUGGAGAAACCAAUACUCCAAUUGAUUCACUUCCUCCCCUGCCGCCUUCCUCUGGUGAAGCUCCUCCUCCUUCGCCUGAUGACUUACCAAUUGCUCAAAGGAAAGCGGAAGCACCAUUGUUGGAAUUGGAUCUCCAGAUCCCCCUCAGUUUUUAUAUGACGAUGAUGAAUACCAGGAUGUGUUUUUAUCAGAGGCACGCUUUCUUACCCGUGGAGAGAACCAGUGGUAUGCAGAACCUGCUUCAAUGAUGUCAUCUUGUGAUUCAUCUGUGGAGUUCUCCAAAACCGAAGGAUGAUCACUAUCUUUUGAACGACUUAGAACAGCUCUUUACUUAAGUAUUUGUUCUCCACCUGGUUGCAGGAUAAUAAAAGAAGGGGCAUUUUCAAGCCUUGGUGAAGAAAAAAAUUUAUAAAUGAAAUAAGAAAACAUCAGGAGUCGGUUUGAAUAUGCAUAAAGAACGCUUCUGAGAAGUGUCUUUCCAACCAUAUGCAUAUAGUUUGUUCUGUUGUUUUAUGAUGGAUUAGUGAUAGACGUGCAAAAAGAAGAGUCUUUCCAACCA